GUCGAUGUUGAUAACAUUUUAGCUGCACCGGGUAAUCCUGUGAUUACCAGUCCUACCGUCAACAUCGUUCGAGAAGGGGCAGUGAACUUCACGUGUGAAACUGUUGGUGGAAGCCCCACCCCCACAGUCAAGUGGUACAAGAAUAAUGUUCUGAUGGAUGAAUCAUCUUUUACGGAUUCUUCCUCUGGGGUCUCAGUCCAGAAAAAUGUUUACAGCACAGUCAUUCAGUUCAGUGACAAGAACAUUCCUUUUAAAUGUGAGGUGGAAAAUGCGGCCACGACGUCACCACUUAUAGCGAACAAGACCUUGAUCGAUAUUUAUGUUGAGCCAUCCAGUCCGAUCUUACAAGGGAACUCAUCCAUCACUGUAAACGUUAGUCAGUCAUGGACAUGCUACACGAAUCGGUCAUAUCCAGUUCCCAUGUUUACGUGGAAACUAGACUCGAUUCCCAUCACAUUUGGUAUAUCUACAGCCAUAUCUCAGAACACAGAUACCACUUACUUUACCAGAAGUAGUUUGACAUAUAUGCCAGUUUCUGGAGACAAUGGCAAAGUCCUAAUGUGUGAGGUUGAUCAUUCACAAACACUUUCGUCCCCUUUACAGAGAAAUAUAACACUCCAACUCGCGGGUAAGGAACAUUGCUCUUUUUUGGUGUAUGACUCUGUGCCACCUCAGAUAGAAGUUGUCACCAAAAGUGGAACUACUACCACAGUCAGUACAUCACCUGCACGAAUUUCUGGUUCAACGUUGUCCUUUCCAUCCCUUGUCAUCAGCAAUGCAGAGAUAGAUGACUCUGGGUCAUACAGAUGCUUUGCAGUCAAUACUGUAGCAACUGGAGGAGGCAGUUUUAUCAGCCUUUCAGUGACAGGAGGAACACCCUCUGUGUCUAUCAGCCAAUCAGCUUACAACGUUAGUUCAGGAACUUCAGUAACACUCUUAGUCAAUGUGACUGCCAGCCCGGCCAUAACAUCAGUCACUUGGCAACGUUUAUUUACCAAUGGUACUCGGCAAAACAUCACUGUGGAUGGAUUUAACUAUGGAGGUGGCCUGGUCAGUUCUCCAUCACUCAUCAUCUACAAUGUUGACGGAAACGAUGCCAGCAGUUACAUCUGUCAGGCCACAAACAGCUUGGGCACCAGUGAAAGCGGUAUCAUGGACCUUACUGUAAGGGGAAAUAUCCCCUCUGUGAUGAUUAACAGUUCUGCUUAUGAUGUCUUUCUCGGAGAUACAGCCAUACUUCAGGCCUCUGUUUCAGCAAGUGUUGGCUGGGAGAUCACCACAGUAUACUGGAAACGCUCAAUGUCAAACAAUGUCACAAUUACCCUCAGUAUUGAUGGAGACAAGUACGAGGGGGGUUCUGUUAGCUCCCCAACAUUGACCAUCAACCAAGUUGAUAGCGGUGAUGAGGGAAAUUAUGUCUGUUACGCAGUGAACAGCAUCGGAAUCAGCAAAAGUGGCACCAUCACUUUGUCUGUCAUCGGCAGUACCCCUACUAUUACUGUGCCAACAACAUCGUACUCCGGCACUACGGGGUCCACUAUAGAACUCUCCUGUUCUGUAUCGGGAAGUCCAUCUGUUACCUCCGUCUUUUGGCAAAAACUAAGUAGCAGUAACGUUUACACCACUUUAUCGAUCGACGGAUCUAAUUAUGGUGGAUCAACAACCAGUUCUCCGAGCCUCCUCAUCUACAAUGCCAAUUCUGCUGAUGCUGGGUCAUACUUGUGUAAGGCUUCCAACAGUCUGGGCACAAGUCAGAGUGCUGCUAUAUCAGUCUCUGUAUCAGGAACUGUGCCAACUGUCAGUAUCAGCCAAUCGAGUUACAGUGCCUCUUUUGGUAGUACUAUAACACUCAUCUGUUCUGUGUCUGCAUCUCCUGCCGCGAGUAAUGUUUUCUGGCAGCGUACCAGCAGCGGAGUCACAAACUCCGUAACCAUUGACAACUCGAAAUAUGGCGGAUCUUUGACAUCCUCUCCUUCUCUUGUGAUAAACAGUGUUGAUUCUUCAGACAAUGGCAUCUAUGUAUGUUUUGCCACAAACAGCGUGGGCACAGGUCAAAGUUCACAGACAACUCUCACUGUGACGGGUAAUGUGCCAACAGUAACAGUAUCUCAGUCCUCGUACAGUGUCAAUUUUGGGACAAGUGUUACUCUUGGUUGUUCAAUAACAGCGAACCCCUCACAUACCUCCGUGUUCUGGCAACGAAAUGUUGGUUCAGGAACGCAGUCAGUUACCAUCGACAACGUUAACUUUUCUGGUUCAACAGUUAGCUCCCCUUCCCUUACCGUGAUCUCUGCCAGCAGUUCUGACUCGGGAUCGUACAGAUGUUUUGCUACAAACUCUAUUGGGACAGGUCAGAGUGGCUUCACUACCCUCUCUGUAACGGGCAACACACCAACAGUAAGCAUUUCUCAGUCAUCGUACAGUGUCACCACAGGAACAUCUGUCACACUGGCUUGUUCAGUAUCAGCAAAUCCUUCACAUACCUCCGUGUUCUGGCAGCGAAAUGUUGGUUCAGGAACACAGUCAGUCACCAUCGACAACAUAAACUUUUCUGGUGCCACAGUUAGCUCCCCUUCCCUUACCGUGAUCUCUGCCAGCAGUUCUGACUCGGGAUCGUACAGAUGUUUUGCUACAAACUCUAUUGGGACAGGUCAGAGUGGCUUCACUACCCUCUCUGUAACGGGCAACACACCAACAGUAAGCAUUUCUCAGUCAUCGUACAGUGUCACCACAGGAACAUCUGUCACACUGGCUUGUUCAGUAUCAGCAAAUCCUUCGCCUACCUCCGUGUUCUGGCAGCGAAAUGUUGGUUCAGGAACACAGUCAGUCACCAUCGACAACGUAAACUUUUCUGGUGCCACAGUUAGCUCCCCUUCCCUUAUCGUGAUCUCUGCUGAUUCAAAUGAUGCCGGAACUUACACAUGUUUUGCUACAAACUCUGUCAGUACUGGACAGAGUAGUACAAUAACAUUGGCUGUCACAGGAACUGUACCUAGUGUGACUGUUUCCCAGUCAUCCUAUAGUGUCACCACGGGAACGUCUGUCACCCUGUCAUGUACUGUGUCUGCAAACCCUUCACAUACCUCCGUGUUCUGGCAGCGAAAUGUUGGUUCAGGGACACAGUCAAUCACCAUCGACAACGUAAACUUUUCUGGUGCCACAGUUAGCUCCCCUUCCCUUACCGUGAUCUCUGCCAGCACUGAUGACUCGGGAUCAUACACAUGUUAUGCCACAAACUCUGUUGGGACUGGACUGGGCAGUACCAUCACACUCACUGUCUCUGGAAGUAUACCGACUGUGACUGCUACCCCAACAUCUUACACUGUGACCAAUGGAAACAACGCUGUCCUACAGUGUUCUGUUUCUGCAAGUCCAGCCGUUUCAAAUGUAUUCUGGCAGAAGCUUAUCAAUAACGUUUACACCACUUUAACCACUGGUACUGGGGCAUACAGUGGCGCCACCACAUCUUCACCAACACUUACCGUUCUCAACGCCAACAGUGAUGAUUCUGGCUCCUAUAUCUGUAUGGCGUCCAACAGUGUCGGUACUGGACAGAGCAGCGUAGUGACUCUUACAGUUUCAGGCAGUAUACCAACCCUGACUGUUACCCAGAGUUCUUACUCUAUCACCACGGGUAACUCAGUCACGCUCCAGUGUUCUGUGUCAGCUAAUCCAUCCAUCACAUCAGUUUACUGGCAACGGACACAAAAUGGCGUUACUGCAGGAAUCACUGUGGAUGGCGUUAAUUUCAGCGGGGCCACAACCUCAAACCCUUCACUCACAGUGAUCACUGCCAAUACCGGAGAUUCAGGAACAUAUAGGUGCUUUGCAAUCAAUAGUGUUGGGACAGGUCAAAGUUCAGAGAUCUCUUUAUCUGUGACAGGAAAUCUUCCUGUGAUCACCAUUGGUCAAUCGUCGUACUCAGUCAUCACCAACUCCCAGGUGACCCUUCAGUGUUCAGUUUCGGCCAAUCCGUCGAUUACAUCAGUAGUCUGGCUGAAGACGUCCGGUGGUAGUACCUCUACAAUUGCCAUAGACGGUACAAAAUACUCUGGUGGGUCCACUACAAGUCCAACUCUUGUUAUCAACAAUGCUGCUAGCACAGACUCCGGGACGUACGUCUGUCAGGCCACAAACAGUAUCGGCACAGGAUCAGGGACAAGCAUCACUCUAUCAGUGACUGGAAAUAUUCCCACGGCAACCAUCAGCGAGACUGACUAUUCUGUUGUAACCGGAUCGACUAAGACUAUACCAUGUUCCGUCUCCGGAACUCCAUCAGUGACUUCCGUCAGCUGGAAGUUCACACACAAUGGAGUCACUUCGACCUUGACAAUUGAUGGAGUCAACUAUGGUGGUUCUUUGGUCAGCAGUCCAUCACUUAUUGUUUACAAUGCUGAUAACAGUGAUCAGGGUUAUUACACUUGUACCGCGACGAACUCUGUGGGGACAGGAACAAGUGCCGCCACCUAUCUUUAUGUCACAGGAACUGUCCCUGUAGUGACCAUUGGUCAGUCAAGCUAUAGCGUGCUGACCUCGAACACAGUGACCAUUGACUGUACAGUCACUGCCACUCCAGCUGCCACAUCUAUCGCUUGGCAACGUGUCAUCAAUGGGGUCACCACCUCAGUCUUUAUAGAUUCCACCAAGUUUGGGGGUGCCACUGUCAGUAGUCCAUCCUUGACCAUCUAUAACUCACAAAGUAGUGACCAAGGCGAUUAUAAAUGUCUGGCCACUAAUGCUGCCGGAACUGGACAAAGCUUGUCCGCUACCCUGGAAGUUACAGGAAAUCUGCCAACAGUUUCCAUUGGUCAGUCUACAUACUCAGUCACAACUGGUCAAUCCACUACCCUGACCUGUACAGUGUCAGCAUCACCAGGCAUCAACAGUCUAGAAUGGAAGAAAAUUCGAGGUGGUGUCACUUCAACAAUAUCUACAUCAGGGAGCACCAAGUACUCUGGAGCCACAAUAAAUAACCCGUCUUUGACAAUAGCUAACACAGAUGACACUGAUGAGGGGUACUAUUACUGUACCGCUACCAAUGCUGUUGGUACCAGUGAGAGCUCACAGAUUAUCUGUCCGUCACAGGAAGUAAGUGUUGGUAUCCCAUCUGUUGUGAUUGGUCAAACAACAUACUCUUUCACCACUGGUCAGUCAGCCACUCUUGGUUGUACAGUGACUGCAGUUCCUGCUGCAACCUCCAUCAUCUGGGAAAAAAUAGACUCUAACGGUAAUACAAACACCAUUAAUGUGAAUGGAGCUAGGUAUACAGGAGGGACAACUGGAACUCCAUCUCUCACCAUUGUUUCUACUGUAACCACUGACUCUGGGAACUAUCGCUGCAGUGCCACUAAUAGCAUCGGAACAGGACAGAGUGAACAGUCGUACCUAUAUGUCACAGGAGCCUUGCCAACUGUGACGGUCAGCCAGAGUACUUACUCGGCAAUCACUGGGGAGUCGGUCACCAUAAACUGUCAAGUGUCAGGCACACCAACAGUCACCUCAGUCGCAUGGAAACGGACAAUAAAUGGAGUUACCUCCACCUUGACCAUGGAUGGGACAAACUACAAUGGUGGUACUGUAGGAAGUCCAUCUCUAAUCAUCAGUAACGUUGAUAGUGGAGAUACAGCCUCUUAUUUCUGUAGUGCUACAAAUGCUGUUGGGACCACGACCAGCAAUGCAAUCUUCUUAACAGUCACAGGCAAUACUCCAGUUGUGUCUGUGAACCAAGACUCCUAUUCCGCGACCACGGGUAACACAGUCACACUCCACUGCAGUGUGUUUGCUGUACCAGCUGCCUCAACCGUCCAGUGGGAACGGACAAUCAAUGGUGUCACAUCUUCUAUCAAUAUCAAUGGGGUGGAUUAUGGUGGAUCUAGUGUUAGCACACCGUCCUUGGAGAUAUAUAGUGUUGCGACAUCAGACUCUGGGUCAUAUCGCUGUAAGGCAACAAAUGCUGUUGGAACUGGACAGAGUGUGCUAAUCACACUAAGUGUUACAGGAGCUAUUCCAACCGUGACAAUUGGUCAAAGUUCAUACAGUGUAACCACUGGUGCCACAGCAACGCUGUCCUGUACCAUUUCUGGAAUCCCAGCUUCCACUGCAGUUACGUGGCAGAAAACACGAAAUAGUGUUACUAGUACCAUAACAAUAGAUGGCGGUAAAUACGAUGGAGGCAGUAUCACAACGCCAUCUCUCAUUAUCAACAACGCUGAUAGUAAUGAUGACGGUAGCUAUGUAUGUCAAGCCACCAACAGUGUUGGAACUGGGUCAAGCUCCUCUACUACAUUGACAGUUACAGGAUCUGUUCCAUCUGUGACAGUUGGACAAAGUCAGUACACUGUGACCAGAGGAAGUAGUGUCACGCUCCAGUGCACAGUUUCUGCUACCCCGACUGCAACCUCUGUUACCUGGAAACGUAUAUCUAAUGCUGCGACUACUGUGAUCAGUGUUGAUGGCACCAAGUACAGCGGAUCUUCAGUGACCACUCCAUCGCUGACUAUAAAUAGCGCGGCCAGUGUGGAUGCUGCCACCUACAUUUGUACUGCUACAAAUGUGGUAGGGGAAGGGGAGAGCACUCAGACUAUCCUCAGUGUCACUGGUGAUGUACCAACUGUGACUGUAGGAGCGGCUAGUUAUUCCGUAGUUACUGGUUCUUCUAUCACCCUCGCAUGUACAGUAGUAGCAACUCCAUCUGCUAGCGCCAUCUACUGGCAGCGUAUCAUCAGCGGUACGACGACAACCAUGAACAUUGACGAAGUUAACUACUUUGGUGGCUCCCUCUCUACACCAGCCCUGACCAUUCAGGAGGCAUCGUCCAGUGACGAAGGAUACUACAUCUGCUCGGCCAGUAACAGUGUGGGCACCGGUCAGAGCGGUCAGACUUACUUGACCGUUACAGGAGGUGUCCCUGCUGUAACCAUCGCCCAGACUUCCUACAGCGUUGUUACAGGAAGUAGCAUAACUAUUCCCUGUACUGUGGCCUCGUCUCCAUCCGCAACAAGCAUUGUGUGGGAACGAAUCAUCAAUGGCGCGACAUCUACGCUGACCAUGGACGGCACAAAAUGGACUGGAGGGUCAGUCAGUGUGCCAUCUUUAACCAUCAGUAACUCAGCAACUAGUGACCAGGCCUACUAUGUAUGUAAAGCUAUCAACUCAGUAGGGACUGGACAGAGUUCUCAGACCUACCUCACUGUUACAGGAAGCUUACCUGUGGUCUCAAUCAGUCAAUCACAAUACACAGUAGUCCAGGGCUCAUCUCGGACCAUCGACUGUACCGUCACAGCAUCUCCAUCCGCCACUUCCAUCUCUUGGGAGCGCAUUAGUGGGGGAGUGACCACUACACUGACCAUUGAUGGUAGCAAGUUUUCAGGGGGUCAGUUGAGUUCACCAGCCUUGACUGUCCUCAAUGCGGCCAGCAGUGACCAAGGGAACUACGUGUGUACAGCCAUGAACAGUGUCGGCAUAGGCAGGAGUUCACAAGCCUUCCUCUCAGUCACAGGCAGUACACCUGCAGUAACCAUUGCUUCAUCAACGUACACAGUCGUCCUUGGCAACACCAUCACACUUCCCUGUUCGUAUACCUCUAGUCCAUUUGCGACGGCACUGAGAUGGGAGAAAAUUGUCAAUGGUGUGGCUUCAACAAUCACAAUUGAUGGUACCAAAUAUGGAGGUGGAACUGUAAGCUCAUCCAAUCUAACCAUCAACACAGCAGCCUCCAGUGACCAAUCGUAUUACAAGUGUGUAGUGACUAACAGUGUGGGUGAAGGCAGCAGUAGUCAGACUUACCUCUAUGUCACAGGCAAUAUCCCAUCCGUGACAGUCAAUCCCACUUCAUACAGUAUUGGCUAUGGGAAUUCGGUCACACUUAACUGUGCUGUUUCCUCGACUCCCGCUGCUACCUCAGUCUUCUGGGAGCACACAGAUUCAAACGGUGUCACCUCAACUGUGACAACUGGUUCAGGUUACCAAGGGAGCACACUGAGUUCACCUUCCUUGGUAAUUUCGUCGGCUGUACUAGCAGACCAAGGUUCUUAUUACUGUAAGGCUUCUAACAAUGUGGGGACAGGAACGAGCAGUCAGGUCUACCUCUACGUCACUGGAGAGGGCUGUCAUUGA